AUGCGCAAAAAAUAUGAAAUGACGAUGGCUCAACAAUAUGUUUCUAGGGCCGGAAUUCCUUUUGCUGACGAUCCAUGUGACUUAGAAGAUGUGCUCAUCCAAAUUGUUUUAACCGUUGUUAUGUUGAACAUAAUGGAAAAGUUCAUCAAUACUGCGGAAGGACAUGUGCUUACAAAUGUAUUGCACUUGGAAUCUGACAAUAACGAUUACCAUC